AAAAAAUCGCGGAGCAAUGUACGCCACACGGCCGACUCAACAAGCUGACUGUGCUGCACAAUCUUCAAGAUGGCUUCCGAUCUCAGCAAAAAGAGAAAGCUCAAGGACGGCACCGGCACAAAGUCCGAGCUGACUGCCGCUGCGCCCUCUAAAGCGAAAAAAUUGAAAAGAGACCCGACGCCAGAAGAGAGCAACAGCGACAGCGACAGCGCCAGCAACAACGACCGCGGGGUUGACGAUCAGGACUCCGAGUCGGAAGGCGCAAGCUCUAAGGAGUCCGAGUCGGGUGACGAGAAGGCAGAGCGGGAUGCGGAUAACACGAAAGAGGAGCAGGAUGGGUCAGCUGAUUUGGAUGAUGACAUUGUCAAGGGAAACGGUCCGUUGCUUGGUCACUCCGCGUCGACGGACGCCCAGUCAUUCUCCGAACUCAACCUUUCCGAGAAGACUAUGAAGGCAAUCGACGAGAUGGGAUUUACAAAGAUGACUGAGAUCCAGCGACGAGGCAUUCCUCCCCUUCUUGCGGGAAAGGACGUUCUCGGGGCAGCCAAAACAGGCUCCGGAAAGACCCUCGCCUUCCUCAUUCCGGCUGUUGAGAUGCUCAGUGCCCUCCGUUUCAAGCCCAGGAAUGGCACCGGAGCCAUCGUCGUCACGCCCACACGCGAGCUGGCGCUACAGAUCUUUGGCGUUGCGCGGGAGUUGAUGAAGCACCACACCCAAACAUACGGAGUGGUCAUUGGGGGUGCCAAUCGUAGAGCAGAGGCGGAUAAGCUGGGUAAGGGAGUCAAUCUCUUGAUUGCCACUCCUGGCCGCUUGCUGGAUCACCUCCAGAAUACCCCAUUUGUCUUCAAGAACCUUAGGUCACUUAUUAUCGACGAGGCCGACCGCAUCCUGGAAAUUGGUUUCGAGGAUGAGAUGCGCCAAAUCGUCAAGAUCCUCCCCAAAGAAGACCGCCAAACGAUGCUUUUCUCAGCCACACAGACAACGAAGGUUGAGGACCUCGCGAGAAUUUCGCUCCGACCCGGGCCGCUCUAUAUCAAUGUCGACGAAGAAAAGAAGUACAGCACGGUCGAGGGGCUCGAGCAGGGAUACGUCGUCGUAGAAGCCGACAAGCGCUUCCUUUUGCUCUUCUCCUUCCUCAAGAAGAUGGCCAAGAAGAAGAUCAUUGUGUUCUUCUCGUCCUGCAAUUCGGUCAAGUACUAUAGCGAACUUCUUCAGUACGUUGACUUGCAGGUUCUUGACCUUCACGGAAAGCAGAAGCAGCAAAAGCGGACCAAUACCUUCUUCGAGUUCUGCAAUGCAAAGCAGGGUACGCUGAUCUGCACCGACGUUGCCGCUCGCGGCCUCGACAUCCCCCAGGUUGACUGGAUCGUCCAAUUUGAUCCUCCGGAUGACCCUCGCGACUACAUCCACCGCGUCGGCCGGACCGCCAGAGGUAACAAUUCCAAGGGGCGGUCGUUGCUGUUCCUUCAGCCUUGUGAGCUCGGCUUCCUCGCCCACCUUAAAGCUGCCAAAGUUCCCGUCGUCGAGUACGACUUCCCCAAGAACAAGAUUCUCAAUGUUCAGUCCCAGCUAGAGAAGCUCAUUUCGAGCAACUACUAUCUCAACCAGAGCGCCAAGGAUGGCUACAGGUCUUACAUCCACGCGUAUGCCUCCCACAGCCUCCGAAGCGUCUUUGAUGUCCACAAGCUUGACCUGGUGAAAGUGGCCAAGAGUUUCGGUUUCUCCACCCCACCUAGAGUUGACAUCACCCUGGCCGCAGGGUUGAGCCGAGAUAAGAAACCUCAGGCCAGGAGGGCUUACGGUAGCCAACCCCGCCAGGGCGGUCGUUUCCGCAAGUGAAUCGCGGCGUAACGGGUGACUUAAAGUAGCGUGGUGGUGAAUGGACGGCAUGAUCAUUGGUUUUCUCACGCGUUCGCCACGGAGUUGAGGCGUCAAAAGAAAGGAUGGAUCUGCAUACCCUAGGAGCGGCUACAUUAGAUAUGUCGAUGUCUCCGACCCGUCUGAAUCGUCAUUACCGCUCAAAGGAUAUUCCAGGCCAUUUUCUAAGAAGGUAGCAUUCAUACAGGAAGUACGUUGAUGAGAAUCGAGGUUUGUGCUGCCUAAUUCGCGCUUGAGAACCAACUUUGAUCCUGCGCAUCGCAUCGCUUCCGAGAGCUUAUCGUUUCUCAGGGUCCUCGCUCUGAUCAUCAAGAAAUAU